AUCACGUGCAGUUUCGUGCCGGCAACCGGUGUAACGGCAAAAAUCGCACCGUACCUGUGUACACGAAUACAAUAAAAAUGAAUUCUAAACUAAAACUUUUGAUUCUUUGUUUCUGUGUAUCGUCAUGUUUAGCAAGUUUUCCGAGACCAAGGGGCGUAUCUAUAUCGAUGUCCAGUUUUUACCGUCCUGAUGUACCGUUUCAAUGUCUUGACGGCAGUAAGCAGAUCCCGUUUGAGUAUGUGAAUGAUGAUUACUGUGACUGUCCAGACGGCACCGAUGAACCAGGUACAUCAGCAUGUCCUGUUGGAAAAUUUCAUUGUACUAAUGCUGGAUACAAGCCACUAAAUGUUCUAUCUUCAAGAGUCAAUGAUGGUAUUUGUGAUUGUUGUGAUGGCACUGAUGAGUGGGACGGUAGCAUUGAUUGUGUCAACAACUGCAAAGAGUUAGGUAAAAAGAUGCGAGAAGAGGCUGACAGAGUUAGGCAAUUACAGGAAGAGGGAUUCAAGUUAAAGUUGAAAUUUAUUGAGGAGGGAAAACAAACCAGGGAACAGAAAAAGGCAGACCUUGAAUUGUUAGAGAAGAGCAAGUUGGAAUUAGAAACAGUUAAGGCUGAGUUUGAAGCAAAGAAGAAUGAUGCUGAGGCACCAGAGAAGGAAGCAAAGGACAAACAUGAAGCUGCCUGGAAUGAGGAGCUAGAGAGAAGAAAUGCAGAGAAAGAGAAGUUGAGAGCAGAGAUUGCUUUUGCUGAGUUGGAUGCUAAUAACGACAACAAGAUAUCUCUAUCUGAGAUAAAAGGUCUGUCAAUGUUUGAUGUGGAUUCUAAUGGUGAAGUGAGUGAUGAUGAAGCUAAGGAACACCUAGAAGGUGAGGAAGAAGUGGACCUAGAUCACUUUGUAUUAAAAGUUUGGCCUAAUAUCAAAUCUAUCUAUAAAUCUCCUGGUAGUGAAGAGCCAGCAAAGGGAGACAACCAGGAAGUUGCUACAGAAGCUCCAGAGACUGGAUUACCCGAAACACCAACUCCACAAGACAAUGAUAGUGAUGAUGAGGAUGAUGAUGACGACGAUGAUGAUGAUGACGAUGAUGAAUACAAUGAUGAGGAAAUUAAACCAGGGUUAGGUACUGCUCCAUCAGGUCAGCCUCACCUCAUUGAAAAGGAAGAGAAUAAAACAAGUGAGACUACAGAUCAACAAGAUGAAGAUAAAAUGCCCGACUAUGAUGAUGCUACCAAAGCUCUUAUAGCAGCUGCUGAUGAGGCAAGACAACAAUUUAAUGAUGCUGAUGCUAAAUUGAGAGAAGCUGAAAAUAAAAUAAGAGAUUUACAGUCAUAUUUAGGGACAGACUAUGGUCCUAAUGAGGAAUAUAGUGCAUUAAAGGGCAACUGUUACGAGUAUACUGAUCGGGAAUAUACAUAUAAACUAUGUGCCUUUGAUAGAGCUUCACAGCGACCAAAGAACGGAGGAAGUGAAACUUCUCUAGGUUCAUGGGGAAAAUGGGAUGGUAGUGGUGAUGAUAAAUAUUCAGCUCAAAAAUAUGAAAAUGGUCAGUCAUGUUGGAAUGGUCCAAAUAGAUCAGUAAAGGUAUAUUUUAGAUGUGGUACAGAACACAGGGUAACUAGUGCUAGUGAGCCAAGUAGAUGUGAAUAUGCCUUUGAUUUUGAGACACCAACACGGUGUUCAUCACCAGCUAGAUCUAAUGAUGAUGUCCACGAUGAAUUAUAGUUAUAUACCUGUUAUACAGCCUCAUAUACAAUAAUACAUUCUUAUACAGGUUUUCAAACAAAAUCAAUGCAUGUAUCUGUUGAGAAAUGUAGUAAAUUUUAAGCUUUAUACUUUGGUUAUCUCAACUUUGAAUCUACAUUUUAUAUAUACAUUCUUAUGAUAAAUAGAAGAAAUACUAUUUAUAACUUUACAUCUUGUUUUGUACUUUUAGUUUUCAUUAAAUGUGCUACAGAUAUAUUUAUAGUUUAGAUAUGUAAAGACAUAAGGAUUUAUUCCAUGAUUGUUUAUUUACAAUACUUGUUAUAUAAUAUCACAACAGUGCUACAAAGACAAACUUAAACAUGCCUACUAUGCAAAAUAGAAUUGUUCAUCUAAUUCAUUCUUGAAAACAAAAAUAAUUAAUAAAGUCUAUAAAACCGA